UCUGUCGGUCGUACCUCACCUCGUGUGUGAUGAUAUUAGUCACCCAAGUCCUAAUGUUUAACUCGUUGCUGGACGCUUUCGGUCCUCAGUUGAUAAGUGUCUGCGGGACUGGGAAGAGUUAGGUACGUUACAACAGACUGCUAGCUGCUAAAAAAUGUUUUGGCUAGUCACGGUGCUAGUCGGGUACUUGGCUUAUCUGCUGCUCAAGUACCAUCAACACCGACAGAGGCUGUUGGCGAUACGCGCUAAGUUCGGAGGUCCCGAUACGGACUACUUUCUUGGGACGUUUAAAAUGUUUAAAAACAAAAGCAUUCCAGAUAUAUUCGACAUUGUGAUUGGACUGCACAAACGCUACGGACAGGAUGUAGCAAUUAUUGGUGCCUUCAACGAUUUGGUGCUGGAUCUUUCUAGCUCGAAAAAUGUGGAGAAAAUAUUGCUGGCAAAAAACACCAAGAAAUCGUUCGUGUACGAUUAUCUGGAACCAUGGCUAGGGACGGGCCUGCUAAUCGCGUUCGGUGAAAAGUGGUUCCAGCGGCGUAAGAUAAUAACUCCGGCGUUCCAUUUCAAAAUAUUGGAUCAAUUUAUGGAUGUGUUUAACGAGGAAGCAGACGUGUUGGUGUCAAAACUGGAAAAGCACGCAGGAAAGGGCGAGUUUGACAUCUAUGACUAUGUCACACUGUACGCGUUGGAUAGCAUUUGUGCAACUUCCAUGGGAGUUCGGAUCCAUGCUCAGGAUGAUCCGAACAACGAGUAUGUGCAGGCUGUUAAGCAGAUGAGUGUGUUCUUUCUACGUCGCGUGUUCAGCCUGUUACGUCAGUUCCCGGCACUGUUUUUCCUGUACCCGUUUGCCAAAGAACAGGGUCGAGUUAUCAAAAAGUUGCAUCACUUCACUAACUCCGUUAUCGAAAAUAGACGGUCACAGCUCGAGAAAGAACAACGUCUCGGAAAGGUAGAGUUCGACGUAAAUGAAGAUGAUCUGUACUCGAAGCGUCGAAACACAUUCCUCGAUCAGCUGCUGAAGGUGUCGAUCGACGGUAAACCCCUAAGCACGGCUGACAUUCGCGAGGAGGUGGAUACGUUCAUGUUUGAAGGACACGACACAACGACUUCCGGCAUCUCUUUCACUAUACUGCAUCUUGCUAAAAAUCAGGAUGUGCAGCAGAAGCUGUACGAGGAAAUUGAGCGAAUGUUGGGAGACGAAAAACAGAAAGCUCCUCUGUCGAAUGCCCUGCUGCAAGAUUUUAAGUACCUCGAUAUGGUGAUAAAGGAGUCGCUAAGGCUUGUACCACCGGUACCAAUCAUUGGGCGAAAGCUGUUGGAGGACAUGGAAAUCAACGGUGUUAACAUCCCGGCGGGCACAUCGAUUUCAAUCAAAAUCUUCAACAUCCACCGCAACCGGACCAUUUUCCCCGAUCCGGAGCGGUUCGAUCCGGAACGCUUCUCGGAGGCGAACGAAAUUAAACGAGGGCCGUACGACUACAUCCCGUUCAGUGCGGGUUCGAGGAACUGUAUUGGGCAGCGGUACGCACUGCUGGAGAUGAAGGUUACGAUCGUGAAGCUGCUGGCCAGCUAUCGGAUCUUGCCGGGUGAAUCGGUUGGUCGCAUACGGUAUAAGACGGAUCUGGUGAUUCGCCCGACCGAGGGCAUCCCGGUAAAGCUGGUGAAACGUGCGUGAUUGACGUGCAGGAGUGAUGGAGUACUGUAGUGUGUGUGUGUGGUUGAAAUGUGCUUAGGGAAGCUUCCACAUCGAAAGGUUUUAUUACGAACAAAAGCAUUUACUCAAACAAGAAAAAAAAAGUUUUGUAUUUAGUAUUUUUUUUUCAAAAUUAUUAAAUCGAUCCUUUUGGCCUAUUUUUAUCUAAGCAUUCUUAAUUAAGCCUUAGACAUGAAAAAUAAAAAAUAAGUAAUUCAGA